GAGAGAGAGAGAGAACACGAAAGAGAGAAAAGAAAGGGCCAGAGAGAAUGAAGAGAGAGCGAGAGUGGGUGUGACGCCAAGUGAAAGAGAAAGGGGGUGUGUCCGCCUCCGUCUGUCCCCUCCCUCUGUAGGUAUAGAUGCUACAAGCUGGUCUCCCUGCAUCCCAGAGCACAGCACAGAGCCCCAGAGCAUCAAGCCCUUCAGCCUCAGACACAGACUCAGCCAGAGCCUGUCCAGUGUGCUGCACUAGUCCUGAGACCCACCAGCUCAGUGAAGUAGUCCAGCCACCAGAGUCAGCAUAACUCACACAGAACUAGGAUAAUUACUUUACUAUCCUAGUUCUACUAUCCUAUUUCUACUAUCCUAGUUCUACUAUCCUAGUUCUAAUGUUCUAGUUCUACUGUUCUAGUCAUGUACAAGGCUCAGUCUGUGAACUAGUCCAGAGCUGGUUGAUAUUUACUCUGUGAAAGUUCUCCAGUACUGUAGUCCAGUAGCUCACCUUAGUCCUCCUCUUAGUCCUGGACUGAGAUUAUUAAGUCUUCAGUCAACUGCAUCUAGUGAGAGCCACCAGCCAGUCCUUUGUACCUGAGACCGCUGCAGAUCACCUACCACCAUGCAGCUCUCACACACCUUCCUCGUCUUCCUCUUCCUCCUUUUCAUCGUUGGGAUUGCGCUGGCCGGCUCGUCCACGGCUCGGAGAAGCAGAGUGAGACGUCAGAACAUGAAGGUGAGGAUCAACGCUACAGGCGACACCAUCGUGAUGAAGUUUGUACGUCCGAACGCUGACACCAAGCUGGAGGGCUACAUCCUGGGCUACGGCAGCAGCAUGUUCUCUAAACAGUUCAUCCAACUCCCAGAGAACGGACUGCCCUACGAGACAGAGAUCGAUGCCGAGCCCAAGUACCUGAUCGCUGUCCAGCCCAUCCCAGUCAAUGAUGUGAAGAAACAGUGCACAGGCAACGUGAACCUGGAGAAGCCCCUCCACCUGGUGAUUGGGUCCGUGACCCCCACCUCCGUGCUGCUGUCCUGGGGAACCCUCUUCAAGACGCCCUACGAGGGAAACAUCAUGAACGACUGUCUGGAGGACGGGAACUACACGGUGCGCUACCGUGAGAGGAACCGGAAGUGGACCUACCAGACGUGCCCCGCAAGCGACACGGUCAUUGACAGCCUUAAGCCCAACACGGCCUAUGAGUUUGGUGUCCGACCCAACAACAAGGAACGCAGCGGAGUAUGGAGCAAGCCAGUCAUCCACAACACCAACAUGAGGAAGGCCAUGCAGAAACCCUACAAACCAAGGACACCUCUGAAGCCUGUGGUAAGUACUGCACUCCCCACAUCUCUCUUUCCACCCCCUCCCUCUGUCCAUAACAGGAGCCAGGGCAGAACCCUCUUCAGGACCCCUGUAGCUCCAAGGACCACCUUCGCGCCAACCUCGGCCAAUAGACAGCACUUCGUGUCCACUCCCCGACCCACAAUGUCUCAGGUGCAGCACGAGCCAACUGGUACCAGCUUCCUGAGACCUUUGACCCCUACCGAGCCUCGCUCUCCUACACGCUCUGUCGUUGUCACGGCGGCCAGAAACACAACGUUGCCUCGCAGUCGCGUCUCUCUCUACUCCACCCCUAACGGCAUCAGACCUCUCUCUCUACCCAGGGACACCAACACCAACUCCUCCCUCACCUCCGACACACCAGGGGCCGACUGGGAGCACAAUAAGGGCCUUGCUCUUCCCAAACCUGUCAUCUGGUCCAGGAAGCGACUGGGCUCCCCUGCAGCUCUGCAACCCUUUCUUCCUGUCAACAAGAGGCCCAACCUGGUGGGGAAAUCAGGGGACAAGGACAAGCUGAUGGACCUGAAGCAGGGAGACAAAGCGUCCAUCUUGAGGUCCUUCCCUCUAGUCACGGCUAAGCCCACCAAACAAAAGACCACAACCCUCACCCCGACCUUGAAUGCCACGGGUGACAACUCCUCUGUGUUCAGCUCUCUCCCUACUUCGGAAGUGGACGCCAUGGGCAAGAAGCGCUUUGUAGCCCCUCAUGUGAUCUAUAAGACUGACAAGAAGCCAGACGAACCGUGUUCCAUAACAAAGUCCCUCAGCUUCUUCCCUGAGGAGGAGGGGGUGGAGCAGAACAUCACCGCACCCCCCCGCUUGCCCCCCUCCAACCUCACCGUGGUUACUGUAGAGGGAUGCCCCUCCUUCGUCAUCCUGGACUGGGAGAAGACCGACAACGACACCACAGAGUAUGAGGUCAUUUCAAGAACCCAUGGUCCCAAUGGAGAAGAGGUGUCCAUCCUGACCACCAACCAGACUCACACUGCAGUGGAGAACCUAAAACCAGAGAACAGUUACGAGUUCAAAGUGAAACCCAAGAAUGAGCUUGGGGAAGGGCCUGCCAGCGAGCCAGUGUUGUUCAACACAGAGUCAGCGGACCCUCGGGUGAGUGAGAAUGUCUCAGGUAAAGAUGCUAUCUGGACACAGUUCCCGUUCAAGGCAGAUUCCUACUCGGAGUGUAACGGGAAGCAGUAUGUGAAGAGGACCUGGUACCGCAAGUUUGUGGGCAUUCAGCUGUGCAACUCCCUUAGAUACAAGAUCUACAUGAGCGACUCACUCACCGGCAAAUUCUACAACAUCGGGGACCAAACAGGUCAUGGGGAGGACCACUGCCAGUUUGUAGAUUCUUUCCUGGACGGACAAACAGGCAGCCAGCUAUUGGCCGACCAACUACCCAGCCGAUCAGGCUUCUACCGGGCUAUGCGUCAGGAACCGGUCAACUUUGGCGAGAUCGGAGGGAACUCGCACACCACCUACGUUGGCUGGUACGAGUGCGGAACACCCAUACCUGGGAAAUGGUAAGACCCCUCCACCAGAGGGGUGGCCAGGAAGAUGCCUGACUGGAAGAAUGAUGAUCUCACCAGGGUGAGAGGAGGAGGACUGAGGAGGUUUCAGUGGCCCUUGAGGUGGGCUUCUCCCUCUUGUUACCAUGGAGACUGCGUCAGUAUGUUACCAUGGAGAUGCAUCUGCCUGUCUGUCAGAUGGUGAUGGCCCACAUUCCAUUGUAUAAAAGUGUACAGGACCAUACCUUGUCAUGGAACUCUGAGUUCUUUUGUCAUAUCUCCUUAGGGGAUCUAUUCAAUCCGCAUACCGGAAGUUCAGCUUUACCAGUGUGAUUGAAUAUUUAAAGGCAACGUUCCUGCUUUAGCAGAGACUGCUUUUACGAUAAACACUGCUUAUGUCGGCUAAUAUCCCAAAUGACCUUUAAAUUUCCAUCACGGAAUCUGUUACUCUUCAGCUUUACAGACUGAACCGAGCCCUAAGUCUCAUCUCACUAUUUAUCAAACAGGACAUGAGGCAGUCCUCAAAGCCUGUAAAAACGGGAGAGAAGUUAAUAAAGGUGUGUCAGAGUGCUUCAAGAGGUUACAUAUGAUCGCCGGAAACUGUUGGGAAGCUGGCUCCCUGAAAAUGUAAUGACGUGUAUGAUGUUAUUUAUCAAGCAGUUGUUGUUCAAUGUUCCUUGUGGUUUAUAUUAGCCAGUCUGCUAAAAGGGUUGCUAUAACACAAAAGCCUCUGCAAAAAAAGAAAGAAAGCAUUACACAGGCACACACACACUAAAUUCGUCACUCAUACUCAAUACCCUUUCUUGAUUGGUCCUGUAGAAUUGACAGUUGCGGUUUGCACAAUAUGAAAUUAUUAUUUAUAUUUUACCACAGCAUUGUUGAAUACUUGUUUCUGAUAUGCUAGAAGGGCAUUCUAGAAUGGACAUAAAAAACACAACUGGACGGCUAGAAAAGAGAUCAGGACGCAAUAUUCGCAUACACAUGCAGACUGUACUUGCUACAAAGUUACAGAAAGCUAAACCAUCCACCACACUAACGGAAAUUGGAUACAUUGUAAAUGCAGGUCCAACAAGGAAAAACAUAGCUAGCUAGCAUUGAUUUGUUUAUGCAGAGACAUAUUUUUGGAGCAUCUGAUGGUCUAACGUGGUGAGUAGGGCUGCUGAGGUGACUAUUAUCGCCACACCGGCAGUCAUGAGUCAUGACUGCAGUAAAAUCCUAGGUGACCUUUGAGUCACAGUAUUCUCCUCUUAUGCACUCUGGACAUGUGUUAGUAGUACCCAACUCAUUUCGAAUGAUCAACAGGUCACUAAUGGCCUGGUGAUCAGGACUCUGUUGUCCCUCUAACCACUCUGACAUGAAUGCAAAUGAAAUCAAAAAUCACAACACUUAUCAUCAGAACAGCAUGAUGCUUUUAAAUCUCACCUCACUAUGAUGAUCAAUUUGGAGAAAGAAGUUCAACAACAGGUUGAAACUGAGUAGAAAACAUGGUCGUUGUGUACAGUGGGGUAAAAAAGUAUUUAGUCAGCCACCAAUUGUGCAAGUUCUCCCAAUUAAAAAAGAUGAGAGAGGCCUG